AUGUCACAAUCAUUGAAACCAUACCUUACAGCUGUGAGACACUCUUUGAAUGCAGCACUCUGCUUACAGGACUUUCCAUCACAGGUUGUGGAAAGACACAAUUAUCCUGAAAUUGAAAGUAAAAAAACAGCAGAGGUGCUUUUGAACCCGAUGAAGAUUUCAAGAAAUGAAAAGGAAUACGUGCUUAUUGAGCCUAGCAUCAACUCAGUUAGAGUUUCAAUAAAGAUCAAGCAGAGUGAUGAAAUAGAGAAUAUAUUGGUGGACAAAUUCACGAGGUUUUUGACUAAAAGAGCCGACAACUUCUUUAUUUUGAGGAGGGUUCCCGUUGAUGGUUAUGACAUCUCGUUUUUGGUCACAAACUAUCAUAACGAAUCAAUGCUUAAGAAUAAACUAGUCGACUUUGUUAUUGAAUUUAUGGAAGAUGUUGAUAAAGAGAUCAGUGAAAUGAAAUUAUUCCUCAAUGCAAGGGCAAGAUACGUUGCUGAAGUUUACUUGAAUACGUUCGACUGA